GAUGAUUGACCGCCUCUUUCUGCUGUCGAGUCUAGCGAGGGGAGUGGGAGUGUAGUUGAUUGAAACUUGUAUGGAUAUUUUGUUGUGACAAUGUGGAGGAACGUAGUUGUUAGAAGUCUUAUUCGAAAAGAUUUUGUUAAACUAUCUCGGAAUUUACAAGUGCAUCUUACACCUGCAUUUUUUUCUCAGAGCUGUAGUUCAACUACUUCACGUCAACUUAAAAGUGCAUUAGCUCAGCAACAUAAUGAUUCCCGAAGAUUUUAUUCAUCAAAAGAAUACCCUAGCCACAAUAGAGUAUUGCUUCCUGCGCUUUCCCCAACCAUGGAGAUGGGUACCAUCGUAUCAUGGGCCAAAAAAGAAGGGGACAAACUCAAUGAAGGAGAUCUGCUAGCAGAGAUUGAGACGGACAAGGCAACAAUGGGUUUUGAAACACCAGAGGAAGGAUAUCUGGCAAAAAUAUUGGUUGCUGCAGGGGCAAAGGAUGUCCCUAUAGGCAGGCUGGUGUGUAUUAUUGUAGAGAAUGAAAGUGACGUAGAAGCAUUUAAAGAUUUCAAGGACGAUGGAUCAGUUGCUGCCCCCAGUAAACCUACGACCACAUCAGCUCCCCCUCCCCCGCCUCCCCCCGCUGCUUCUACCCCUCCUCCAUCUGCCCCUUCCUUUGCUCCCCCCUCCACCCCUUCCUUUGCUCCCCCUUCUGCCUCGUCUGGUUCUAGGGUCUACGCCAGCCCUCUAGCCAAGAAGCUGGCUGCUGAAAAAGGACUCAGUUUGGAGAGCCUGAGUGGGGGCUCAGGGCUAUUUGGCUCAGUCAAGGCGGGGGACCUGAGCAAGGCGGGGCCUGCAUCAGGGCCUUCACCAGCUGUAGGGGCUGCUCCUGGGGCCCUUCACACAGACAAGCCCAUUUCCAACAUCCGUUCUGUCAUUGCUAAACGCCUACUCCAGUCCAAACAGACAAUACCCCACUACUACCUCACAGUGGACAUAAAUGUUGAUGAAGUCCUGAAGAUUAGAACGAAGAUCAACAGUUUGCUGGAGAAGCAAGGAGUGAAGCUGAGUGUGAAUGACUUUGUUAUCAAAGCCACAGCUCUUGCAUCAAAAAAAGUUCCUGAAGCCAACUCGCACUGGAUGGACUCGGUCAUUAGAGAAUAUCACUCUGUUGACGUGAGUGUGGCAGUGAGUACAGACACUGGGCUUAUCACGCCGAUCGUGUUCGAAGCAGACAAGAAAGGACUCGUAGAGAUUAGCAAUGAUGUGAAAAGGUUAGCCAACAAAGCCAAGGAAGGUAAACUACAGCCUCAGGAGUUCCAGGGUGGCACAAUAUCAGUUUCAAAUUUGGGGAUGUUUGGAAUCAAGAACUUCUCUGCCGUAAUCAAUCCCCCUCAAGCUUGUAUACUCGCUGUUGGAUCCGUCCAGAAACGCAUUAUUCCAGAUAAAGAAUCACCCAAUGGUAAGACGGCAGACAUUCUCUCCGUGACGCUUAGUUGCGACCACCGCGUAGUGGACGGUGCCGUCGGUGCACAGUGGCUACAAGCAUUCAAGAGUCUACUAGAGGACCCACAGACAAUGCUGUUAUAGAUUGGACAAUACUGUAUCUUUUAGUUACCUCAUCCGCCUCUGUAAAUAAUCCUUGUCGUGUUUUGAACACAUUUUUAUUUUAUACGCAAAACCUAAUUAGCUUUAAAAACUGCCAUGGAAUCACAAAACUUAAUACGGAUUUUAUUUUAAUGCAGAUUAAAUGUAUAUAGGAAAAUGUAUCAUUGUUAAAAAUAAAGUUGAGAGAAAAAUUGUUAAAAA